CGGAGCAGACGUCUCUCGAGGAGGCAAUAUUUUGCUCAGGGACCUAACUUUGUGUGGCACAUAGACUCAUAUGACAAACUAAAGCCAUACGGGAUAUGCAUUAAUGGCUGCAUUGACGGGUUCUCACGCAAAGUCAUGUGGCUGCGGGCCGCUCGCACCAACAGUGACCCCAAAGUCAUCGGGGGGUACUUCGUGGAGACACUGGAGCGCUGUGGGGGCUGCCCCAGGCUCGUACGGACUGAUAUGGGCACUGAGAACGUGGUUGUCAGAGACAUUCAACGGUAUCUACGGAGAGAUGACGUGGAUGAUAGAGCAGCGGAGAGAAGCUAUGUCACAGGGGCAAGUACUGCAAACCAGAGAAUUGAGAGCUGGUGGGGAGUGAUGAGAAAAGAAGGAAUCGAACCAUGGAUCACGGCUUUAGGAGAACUGAAGGAUGAGGGAUUCUUCUCCGGGGAUUUCGUUGACAAAGCUCUGUCACAGUUCUGUUUCAUGCCAAUCAUUCAGGAGCUCUUAAAUGACAUCCAGGGUGUUUGGAAUGCUCACCGUAUAAGGCCCUCCAAGAACCCCAACGUGCCAAGUGGGAUACCUGAUGUCAUGUACAUGGCCCCUCACCUUUGGGGUGCAGAAAACUGUCUUGUUCCACUAACUGAAGAUCUGACUGCAUGUAAACACAGUUGCACAUUUUUAAGUUCAGCCCCAUGUGACAUGGAUUUGUUUGAUUUGUGCACAAUAAUAAUGGAAGAAUCAAGCUUGGAGUUCCCAUCUACCAUGUCCGAUGCUGUUGAUUUAUAUAUUCAGCUAAGGGACACGGUUCGUCCACAGUUAUUUGGGCCAAUUUGAGUGGACAAAAGCAUACAAAACAUGUACAGUACUUUAGUACAUGGCAUAUUGCACAUACUUUUCAUAUUUGUGCAAUUAUCUUAAGUCUUAUUUUGAUGGUUGCAUCACCAAUGCCCUUUAUGUUUCCUGUGUGUCUGUUUUAAUCACAGUGGAAGAGAUUAA